AUGCCCUUUCACCAGAGGACUGUUGAGCCGCGGCGUGUGAGCAGAUUGUCGGCGAGGGAUGGCUGGACACCGAGGGAAGAGAGCGGCAAGCGAAAGCUGCGAAGACCUGUUCUGUUCUCCUCCUCGGAUGAGGUUAGCUGUCACACUCUGACCAGCAUCAUUUACCAACUUUCCGACCUUUCUCGACAUGCCAGCGACAUCUUCCUGGGCAUUGAGAUGGAGGCAGGGCUGGUGUUCAGGAGGUCCUGCAGGAUUCAGGGGAGGCUGCGCGUGCUGCAGAGCGAGGUCUGGAGGUUAGACCCCAAGAAGACCAAAAUCCAUGAGUCGCACACGGGGGGAGAGGUCAGAGAGGGCAGGAGGAGGACGGAAGCAGAGCGGGAAGGCGGGAGCCUGGAGUUUAUGGCCGAUGAUGAGCUGGGUUUCAUACAGAGGAGGGAAUGGAAGCUGAUGGACACACAGACGGACAUUUCAGCACAGUUCCCUCUCACAACUUCCUGA